CUUCGUGUGAGGAGAAGAAGAAGAAGCUCAAUCUAACUCCUUUCAUUUCUCGGUAGCUUGACUAACAUGGAAAAGUGGCCCGAAAUAGAGAGAGCGGCGACAGAGCAGAGACGUGAGCUGGUUCUGCAGGGCGGUGGUGUUGAUGAGAGGAUUUCUUCCUGCGGCGGGCUUCCCUCUUCUCUUUAUUCCCUGCAGCUGCUGAAUUAUCUUGAAGUCAGCCAAUGUCCGAGUUUGACAGAGAUCCACGUGGAAAUCCAGCAUCUGUCCAACCUGCAAAGCCUCGUCCUGUGCAGGAACAAGCUGACCUCUGUCCCGGAAGUCAUCGGCAACCUGAAGUCGCUGAAGGUCCUGGAUCUGUCCGUCAACAACCUCAAAUGCCUGCCACAAGGGAUCACUCAGUUAAAGGAGCUGAAUACGCUUAAUGUGAGCUGCAACUGCUUGGAGGCUCUUCCAGGUGGCCUCAGUCAGUGCACCAAGCUGGCCACCAUCAAUGCCUCCAAGAACCAAAUCACUACUUUCCCUCCUGACCUCUUCUCUGAGCGGCUGGACCUGCUCAGCACCCUGGUGGCCUCUGAUAACUCAAUCCAGGAGCUGAGUGGAGAGAUUUGCAAGCUAUCAGCUCUAAAGGUACUGGACGUCUCCAACAACAAGCUGAGUGAGAUUCCUUCAGAUCUGAGCGACUGCCCCAAGUUAAAGGAGAUCAACUUCAAGGGCAACAAGCUCAGCGACAAGCGCCUGGAGAAGAUGGUCAAUUGCUGUCAGACCAAGUCCAUCCUCGAGUACCUCAGAGGCAAAGGAAGAGGAAGACGGGAUGAAGAGGGAGGUGACUCUGACAAGAAGAAAAAGCAGCAGCAGAAGAAGAAGAAGGGGAAGGUGAGGGAGGAAAACGAUGAGGUGGAGGAGCUGAACAAGAUGGUGGUGAGGGUGCUCCAUGUCUCCGAGGCGCCCACAGCGCUCACAGUUAAGGUCACCGCUGAGGUCAAAGAUGUCCGACCGUACCUGGUGUGCUGCCUGGUCAGAGGAAUGAGUCUCAAGCAAGGGAAUGCUCUGAAACGCUUCCUCAUGGCUCAGACAAAGCUUCACGAUGAUUUGUGUGGUAGAAGAACGAUUGCAACCAUCGCGACCCAUGAUGCGCAGCUUGUGAAAGGUCCACUGGUCUACGAUGUGAGACCACCGACACAACUGAAGGUGGUGCCUCUGGGUCGGAGGGAGAUGACGGCCGUCGAGCUGAUAAGGCAUCUGCAUUUAGAGGCCGAUGAGCUCAGGAAGCAGAAGAAGAGGCAGAAUGUGACUGGCCUCCACAAAUACCUGCAGCUUUUGGAAGGGAAAUCCGUCUACCCCUGCUUAGUGGAUGCAGAUGGAGAUGUGAUCUCAUUUCCACCAAUUACUAACAGUGAGAAAACCAAGAUUAAGAAGACAACCACAGAGUUGCUGGUAGAAGUGACGAGCUCAACCAGCCUGCAGACCUGUAAAGAUGUAAUGGAUGCUUUGAUCAUAAAAAUGGCAGAAUUGAACAAGUUCACUAGCGAACAUCUGGAGGAGGCCGGGUCAGACGGAGAGGAGGACGGCGCACGGCAGCCGGCCGCCGACGCAGAAACCUCCAGCCAACUCAUCGUCCAGCAGGUCCGAACCGUUGAUCAAGACGGGAACCUGAAGGUGGUUUACCCGUCAAAAACGGAUCUCUCCAAAGAAAUCAGUAACUUCACUGUCAUUUGGUAGUAAUAUUUUAUGUCAACACCCAUUUACAGCCGAUUAAUUUAACGGGUUUCCCAUUUGAACCCUGAGCUUUUCUCAAGUUCUUUUGGUCCGUCUAGUCGUCU